UGUCAUUUUUUUUAACUUAUUUUUGCUUAGCAGAAAUCUUCUCUUUUUUUAAGCAUGGCAUGUUAUAGAAAAUUGUUUUCUUUAUAAAUUAAUUGUAAGAUUUGGUACUACAUCUUAUCAACAUGAAUACUUGGCUAAACUACAUUAUUUUUAACAUCUACAGAUCUUAAACUACAAGAGCAGAUGAGUUAAAUAAAAGAUUGAUAUUGCUUGUCUGUGUCACUAGUUAUAGAAGCAGGUACUCAGAGGAAAAUCAUUUUUUUUGACAUGUUCUUGUGCCAUUUUUUUUUAAAACGACAAUUAAGAUUGAAGUGUGUCUGGUUAUAUCUUUAUUAGAAUUGUUGUGAAUAAGAAGUAGAUGAAAAAAUCCAGUUGGAAAAAGGUUGUAGCUGUGAAGUAGGCGCUACAGUCAACUGACCACAAGCUCCCUGCUCCGCUCUAUUCUGAUGCAUCCACUUGCAGACAAACAGAUCCGUGUACGUCUUUGAUUUUCUCAUCUGAGCUGGUAUCUGGCUCAAAACUGUAUAUAUAACCUGGAUAGCUCUGAUAUUGCUCUCCAUUUUUGUUGCAAUGUUAGCUUUGGUUUCUGAGGGGCUGUAAGCUAGCAGGAGACUGUGUAAAGUACAAAGGGACAAUGGGGAGUUAGGGCAGGCUUACUCUGCGCCAUCAGUCCCUCCCACAACUCAGAGAUGAACUUCUGAUGAACUAUGAGGAUGUUUCAGUUCUUUUGAUUCAUAAUUAAAAGACCGCUGGGAAUGCUUUUAUAAGAGAUCAAAAGAUGAUCAAAGUGGGACUUCAAAGGGAUUUACCUUUAGGUUUUUAAGGGGGAAAAUUCUCAUUUAUUGAAAAAUUCACUACAAGUAAAGACGAAAAAAUGUUCAUGUUAUUUAUUUAGUUUUAACAAUAUUAUCUUGUAUUCUCUAGUCUAGAAAAUACAUUUUACUACAGUUCCCUUUCUGACGAAACAAAAAAAAAACAAGAGUAUUUUUUUUAAAUAUUUUUUACUAUGAAGCAAAAGAGGUAAAACAGUCAUUGUACUGAUGAUGUGACUAAAUUCAGUCAUUCCUGAGAAAAAAACUUGUAUUUAGAUAUUUAGAUAAGGAACUUGUUCACCUCAAGCGUUUGCCCUUUCCCCUUCUUUUAACAGGUAUUUGUCAAGUCGUUAUUGCUUUUUCUACUUCAUGUUAUGCAUUAGGAUGACUCAGCAAUUAAAAGAAAACAUGUUUAAUGAGUCAGACUGUGGUAUUUAUCAGAUUUGCGUAAAGAACAGCUUUCUCAGCUAUCAAAUGACACUUCACAUGUCAUUCUGAAUUGGAGUGUGUGCAGUUGAUCUCUGAACAAGUCAUCAGGGGAGGAGCUUUCAGUCAUCUCCUCAGAGAAUCACUUUGACAGCCAAUAGUGUCAGCGGACACGUCCGACUUAAAUUAAAUAUAAUCACUUACAUGAAUAGGCAUAAAGCAAACAAGAGGUCCACCUGUUUAACAUAUUAAAAUACAUAAGGCAGGUUUCAGAAAAAAGCUUAUUAUUUGUAGUAAAUGUGAGAAAAGAUGAAAAGAAGUGGACGCCGGCUGCUGACAUACUUUUGAGCUGAUCGCCAGGGGGGGGCCACAGCACAGACCAACAUAAGGUAAGAGUGCAAAUACGUUGGUUUCAUGAUGAGUCAUGACUUAAAUGACAUUUUCAGAAUAAUCCCCUGCAUGCUUCUGGCUCUCUCAGUCAGAUAGUUAGAGGGUCCCAGACAAGAUACUGCACCAUCUUCUCCUCCACAAUGCAGUUACUCCAUCAUUACAUGUUUUUCUUGCUCUGUGGUCUCCAUGUACUUCCGUCUGGAGCUUCCGUUCAGUGUAAUGACAAACAAUAUGCUUGGCCUUUGGAUAAUCCCAGUCUUUGCUGUAACAAGUGUGAGCCAGGCUACAAAAUGAAGGGGCCUCGAAUCGGAAAGACUUGCAACAAUGAAUGCAUCCCAUGUGAGGGAGAACGUUUCUCUGACAGCUACAAUGUGGAAAUGAGCUGCAAGGUCUGUGAAACCUGCGAUAAACCCAACAUGGGCUACAAAUCUGAGUGCAAUUCCAUUCAUGGCGCCGUGUGCAAGUGCAAUCCAGGCUACACGUGCAAAGACCAGGCCUGCACACAGUGUGUGCAGGAAGCCCCCCCCAAAAAACCUACUUCUCCUCCGUCCACUACAGCCAUUAUGAGCUACAAACCUAAGUGCAAUUCCUCUCAUGGCACCAUGUGCAAGUGCAAUCCAGGCUACAGAUGCCAAGACAAGGUCUGCACACUGUGUGUGCUUGCAACCCACGAUAAAAAACCUCCUUCUCCUCCGUCAACUCCAGUCUCCAAACCUGCAGGCCCAACCCCACCCGAGAAAGCCCCUAAACAAGUCGGAGAUACAGUCUUCCCCCUGGUGAUAAUUAGCCUUCUGUGUAUUGGAAUUGCACUGUUGGCUGUAGCUAAAAUGAAGCCAUUUCUGCAGUGGAUUAGGUCCCACACAGUUUACAUCGUGACUGACAAUCCUGCUGAAAAACCUCUGCGAACAGAAGACGAGGACAUGCCCAAGCCAGUGCAAGAAGUGUGUGGCAAAUGCGAUCAGUGCAUUGACAUAUGUGUAAAAGACUAGAGCGCCGAGCGGAGCGCACAUAUAUCCGUUCGUAAGGACAUUAUAGCAACAUGCAAUACCUGCAAAACAUCAGAAACUGCUGUGGAAAAAAUAGAUGGCAUUUCAGGCCAAACAAACAGAGACGAAUGAGAUUCCAAAUGUAUUACGACUACAAAUCUGGGAGACAAGAGAGGACACUGCGACAGAUGCUGCCUGAUGUUAAAAAUGAGUAUGUACCGAGGUACUUUUAUUUAAUUGUUUUUUUUAUAUAUCUGUGUAUAUUAUACAGAAUAUAUAUCUGUAUGUGUGUGUGAAUGUGGGCCCGGUUUGGAAACUUAUUUAGAAUAAAAAUAAGUGGGUCAGUGAAUAAACCAUUGACAUGUAUGCA